UGUGAGUUGAGAGCUCAUCUUCUCUUUAAAUUGCCUUCAAAACUUGGUGUAAUUGAAGAGAGAGAGAGAGGAAAGAAGCAUAUAUGGGUGGUUCUAAGGGGAAAAAGAAAGCAGUUCUAUAUGAACAACUUCGUUCUGCUACUAACUCCAGUGCUGUGAACAAAACCUCAAUUAUAGUAGACGCAUCAAAGUACAUACAGGAGUUGAAGGAAAAAGUAGACAGACUCAACCAAGAAGUUGGAGCAACUUCACGAAUUUCAACUCAUUACCAAAACCCAUUACCAAUGCAGGUUACUGUGGAAACCCUAGAAAGGGGAUUCCUGAUUAAUGUGUUUUCACAAAAGAAUUGUCCGGGCUUGCUCGUCUCAAUACUGGAAACCUUUGAGGAGCUGGGACUUGAUGUCAUCAAUGCUACGGUUUCUUGUUCAGACUGUUUCCAACUAGAAGCCGUUGGAGGAGAAAAUCAAGGACAGGACGACAGCAUAGAUGCUCAAGUGGUAAAACAAGCAGUGUUGCAAGCUAUCAGGAAUUGGAGUGAAAAUUGUUAGCAACAGUAAUAAUCUAGCCACCAUCUCUUGCUGUCCCCAUUUCUCUUUUUCGGUUUUUCUUUCUUAUUAAUUUCUUUUCCCUGUAGCCUAUAUAUAUAUAUAUAUAUAUAUAUAUUUUUCCGGGGUAAUUAAUCUUUGUUUUUUCUUCUAGUCAUCAAAGUUACAUAGGUUGGGAAUGUCUGUAGCUUCUAUUUAAUCUCUACCAUGAUGACAAAAGAUUUUUUCAACUGCAUGCAUUUCCCAACUGUAAAUAAAUGAAUUCUUAAAAAGGAAAAAAAAUAUAGAACUGUA